AAAAUCUCCAUUAAAUCUUUCUCUUGUAGUGCUGGCUGCUCAGCUCCUGCUUCAGUAUGAAGGCUAACAUCUUUUCAUUAAUAUUAUGUUAUCGGUGAUUUGUGUGGUGUGGAAUGAAGGAAUAUGACCAUGCAUUCAGGUCCCAUCAGUUGACGAGCUAUGAGGCCUGCGGUGCCCAUUCUCUGCUUCUAGUGUGUUGUCUUUGUUUUUCUGAUGCCACGUCUCCACUAAUGCAUCCUGGUACUAGAAUGGACUUCGACAACAGAGGGCCCCCCGGAUCAUCUGGAGCCAUGGAACCUCCAGGAUCCACCCAGGAUGUGACAAGAAGUCGAAGAACGUCAAUUCAGAGUCAACCGAAAUCUAUCAUGGUUGUCCAUUCCACCCCCACUGGAGAGAACGUUCAGUGUGAAAGCUAUGUUAUAAAUACAACCACAGACUCCACCCUUUCUUCAGACUUCAUACCAGGGACUUUUUCUGAACUCCCAACAGCCAAGAAACGUCAUAAAAGUACAACAGAUAUUCCUUUCAGGGGAAACCUUAGCUUGCUUCCACCGUCUGCCAUGGGCCUUACAGAUCCAGAUCAAUCCUUGUUGCGCCGUUGCUCACUCAGAGAUCCUCCCUCGGUCUCACGCUAUGCUCGUCAUGCCCUCAGUGUGCCUAACAUGGGCAACACCAGCCCACUUUGUCUCCUCAACAGCAGCCCACUUCACAGCACCCCACUCUCACCUGUACAUAGCAAUAUUACCAGCCCCGCUAGGGAGAUGGAGAGGUUGGCCAAGGCCCGGAGUAAACUCCUGGAGAGUGACUAUGACCAAACCCCCACCAUUCCCCCAGAAACUCGAGAACAGCUUCGUUACGUCUCCAAGGAUGGAAAGUGUCGUGUCAACUUGUGUCACAUUUCCGAGAGGAGCCGCUUCCUGUCUGACAUCUUCACCUCUUUUGUGGAUCUCCAGUAUCGCUGGUUUCUGUUCGUAUUCAUGAUGUGCUACAUCACCACCUGGUUAUUGUUUGCUUUGCUUUACUUCUUAAAUGCUUUGUUCCGAGGUGACCUAGACCUAGAGGAACACCCCACAUCAGAUCAUCUAAACCAAAGGACCUGUUAUAUAGGUAUAGAUGGCUUCAUAUCAGCUCUGCUCUUCUCAGUGGAGACUCAGCGUACAAUUGGUUAUGGAUCACGCACUGUGUCCCCCACCUGCCACGAGGGUGUGUUGCUGGUCAUGGUGCAGUGUAUAGUAGGGUCCAUGAUCGAUGCACUCAUGGUGGGUUGCAUGUUUGUCAAAAUAUCCCGACCUAAAAAGCGAGCACAGACACUGCUUUUCAGUCGCACAUGUGUCAUUUCCAACCGUGAUGACCAGCUGUGUUUAAUGUUCCGUCUGGGGGAUCUGAGAGAAAGUCACAUGGUCGAUGCAAAGGUCCGUGCAAAGUUAAUCAAGUCUCGCCAAACUGCUGAGGGUGAGUUCCUGCCUUUGGAGCAGACGGAAAUCAACCUCGGUUAUGAAUCCGGGUCAGACCGACUCUUCUUGGUGGAGCCUCAAGUCAUUCAGCACAACAUUGACUCUAACAGUCCUCUUUGGGAACUGGGGCCUGAACAGCUUAGACGACAACAGUUUGAAAUAAUUGUUAUCUUAGAAGGAGUUGUGGAGGCCACAGGUAUGAUGUGUCAAGCCAAAACAUCCUAUAUUGAGACAGAGAUUGAGUGGGGUGCUCGUUUCGAACCCUGCAUGACGCUGGAGAAGGGUGCAUUCAGAGUGGACCUGCGUCGUUUCCACGCCACAUACCAGGUUCCACUGCCCUCCUGCAGCGCCAGCCAGACACAGCGGUUCAUGUCUCUGGUAGACUGUAAACUCCAAGACCCCAAAGCCUGCAAUGACUGGAGAAACUGGGCAGAGGGAGCAGAAGAGGAGGACAAAGACAAGCAACGGUCUUUUGUGGGAUUCCCUUUUGAUAAUAUUGAGGAGGAGAGAGAUGGGAGUGAAAGUGAGGAAGUGCAGACAAAACUCCUCAUCACAGCAGACAGUAGUUGUUUGAAAUAAUUCUUAAAUUCAUCUACAAAGAAUUUAUGGGUGUACUUUGUACACAAGAUAUCCUCCUGAGACCCAGCAAGGCAUUUUGGGCCUCUGUAGUGGACAAGAGUUUCACAACUUCACUU